AGGACGUGAUGACGCAACGCAGCGUGCGCGCCACCGCUAGAGAGCGCGCCAAACCUGGAAGUGCGCGACGUCUUCGGUUCGUUUUUUCAGAAAGAAAAAAGUGAGCUUUCAAUUUGGUGAUGGUUUCAGAGGCCGCAGCAAUCCGCAAAUUCGUCACACGAGAGCUGCAGAGGUGCUCAGACCUUAGUACUUUGACACUUGCCAUUCUACGAAAGAAGUAUCUGGCGCAUGUGGGCAGGGACUCACUUUCUGCAGAACACAGACAGUUUCUCAAGCAAGUCGUAGAAGAGGAACUUUUAAAAAUGCAGGACAGCAGCAGUGAUGAUGAACCUUUAAUAAUGAGUGUGGUUCAACCUCAGAAGCAAAAUAAACGGAAAAGGGCGGAUGAGGAAGAUGAUGAAGAAGAGGCACAAAACAGUGAUGUGUCCAGAAAGAAGAAAUUGUGUUUAGCACCAGAUUCCCCAGAUUCCCCAGACUUUGGUAUAGAGAAAGUGGCAAAUGAGGAACAGGUUAAAGAAGAGGAUGAUGAUGGAAGUGAUAAGGACAUGGAAGAAGAGAGUGAGAAAGAACAGAAUGCAAAUGUUCGAAGAAACAACACAAAAGAAAAGCAUAAUGUGAAUAGGAACAGGAAGGGAGGUAUAAGUUCAGGAAGUGAUGAAGAGGAGGAGAAGAAAAAUAAGGCAAAAAAGAAGGGGAAGGCUUUAGAUAUUGAGGAAGCUAAUCACAUCACCUCCAGCAGUUCAGAUGAAGACAAAGAAAAUCAAGUAAAAGUCAUAGGUGAAAAGAAAAAGCAAUGCAUGAGUUCUGAUAGCGUGGAGGAGGUGAGCGAUGAAGAGAUGAAAAAUGAAGACCAAGAAAAUAAAAAAAAAGUAAAAGCUUGUGGUGGAAAGAAAAAGCAAAGUGCGAGUUCGGACAGCUUAGCUGGGGUCAGUGGUAAAGAGAUGAAAACCAGCGGUGAGAAAAAAGUUGGAAAAAAGACCACAGCAGCUGCUCAGAAGGAGAGAAAAAGAACAGAAGACAAAAAAAAGCAAAAGUCAACAGAAAGUGAUGCUGUGAGAAAAGUGCAGAAAGAAGUCUUCGGGAGUAGCUCUGAAAGCGAGGAAGAGGAGGCAAGGAAAACAGAAAGGAAAGGAACGAGCGAGAGCAGUGAUGAGGAGAGUGAUGAAGAAACAGACAGAAAGAAAAAUGUUGAUAAGGUGCCCUCUGAAGAAGUAAAAGAAACAGUGAAAGUAAAGGAUAAAGACCGGGUAGAAACAGAGGAUUCAGACACUUCCUCUUCUUCUUUGCCCUCUCUGGAGGAGGAUGGAGACGCAGGGGAGAUGAAACCGAAACAGGAAGAAAAGACGAAAAAAAAGAGUGUGCCAAAGAAGAGUAGUGAAAUGAGUGAGAGCAAGGCCAAAGGAGGAAAGGAUGAUGAUGAUAAAGCUGUGUCCAGACUUAAACGCUACAUCUCCCUCUGUGGCGUACGCCGUAAUUAUAAGAAGCUGCUCGAGGGCUGUCGCUCAGUGAAGGCCAAAGUUGCUGUGCUGAAGAAAGAACUGGAAGAGCUGGGGGUUGAAGGUCAGCCAUCCAUAGAGAAGUGUAAAAAGGCCAGAAUGAAGAGGGAGGAAGCUCAGGAGCUGGCAGAACUGGAUGUCAGCAAUAUAAUCACCACUCAGGGUCGUCCUAAACGGCGAACUGCAGCACACUGGACAGAUCUUCAGAGCAGCUUACCUCCACCGUCAACCUACAAACGUGUGGUGAACUCUGACUCAGACAGUGAAGAGGGCAAUGGGGACACAGAGCGCAAGAAAGCAACAGACUGGAGCAGCCUGAGGGGGAUCAUCAGCGACGACGGAGACAGCAACUAACCAGUUUUUUUAUUAUAGCCAAAGUGUUCAUAAUACUCUCUGUUCAAGUGCUUUAGACUAAAUUUCCAUGUUUGUUAUUGUGUUUUGAUAUGAUAAAUAUUUAUCAGUGCACUAAUUUUAUAUAUUAAUGUUACUUUAUGCAAUUUAUUGAAAUAAAGAAUUGUCAUUUGUACUUUAA